CUUUGGCUAGUCUUAAAUUCGCCGUAAUUUUGAUACACUCACACUCGUCGUCAUAGGUAGUUUGGUGAGCCUUUGUCAUUUCUUAGCUCGCCGCCUGCUGUUGCUCAGACGCUAUUUUUACUCAUAAUCUGGUUUGUAGUCUGCUGGAAAGCGGUGACUUCUCAUGCUAUGUGCCUCUUUGGAGAGAUAUGUAUGUGCGCGUGUGUGUUUCUUUUGUAUCUGUGAUCUUUAGCGGCGUUGCUUGCUGUUGGUGUAUUUCGACUUUUUCGCCGUAAGUAGUAGCAGCAACAGCAACAGCAGUUAACGAUCCGACACUUGUUUGGAACGGACUGUGGUUGUGAAAAUUUAGUCGAUGCGAUUACUUUAAAGCGGAUGGAGGUGCUCACUUGUAUGAAACGGAAGAAACAUUCGGAUACAGCAAAAAAGAAGAUCCAGCAUUAAAAGGAUUCAUAAUUUUUUUUCAAAUACAAAUACUAGUAAAUGUAUAUGUGCGUGCGCUUUAGCAAAUCAUGCAUCGGCUUGUUUCAGUUAAAAUAACAAAUAAAGUUUAACUCGAAAGCAAGUUGCAACACAUGAAGCUAACAACUAAAAAUAGAAGAGAAAUAAAAAAACGAAUAAUAAAAAUCACAAGCAAAUAUUCUAACGACGAAGUCGGCAAUUGAUGCCAAGAAGCGAAUGAAGAAAAGUAAGCGAAAAAUACAAAAAUCUAAAAGUGCUUUAACGGUGCACAGAGGAGUGAUAUAAAGCAGGAAAAGAUAUGAUGAAAUGAGAGUGAAAAUAUGUGAUUAACCAAGUGAAAGAAUCCAUUCGACACUAAGCAAAAAAAAAAGAAACAAAAAAAAAAAACUUCGCGUAGCAGAAGUUGUUUCCAUUGAAUUCGCUCGCACGCAACUGCAAAAUAUAUAAAAUAAAUAUAAAAAAAUAAAAUAAAAUAUAAAGACUCAUUUGAGUGUUCGUAUGGUGCGAAAAAAAAACGUUAACUCUACAAGAAAUCAAAACAACGAAUUUAUUUAUUGAUUAGUGAUAAAUUGAAAUGUGAUAAGCCAUUAACUACGCCGUGGAGCAACCAUUUCACAAGUCCAUACUAAGAAAUUAAAGCCGGCGUAAUAAACAAAGUAAAGCGCUUCGCUUUCGUUCGUAAGUGAUCGAAUCGCUAUUUAAAAGAAACGCGCGUUCUUAUUAACGCAGGUGCAGAAUCUGCUGCCUGCCUGCUUCUCCCACAAGAAGCUACCAGCUGUUGUUGAUCUCAAAUAGAGGAGCUAAGCGCAACACAAAAAAGGAAAAAUGCCGGUGGGACAUCAAUUUGCUUCCAGACCGUACAGCUCGUUUCGGGCGACGCGCGGCAGCUGCAAUACGCACUAUUGCCAAGGGAGCAAUAACAGCAACAGCAACAGCAACAGCAACAGUAGCUGUAAUCAGAAUAGUAAUAGCAAUGUUGGUGCGCUUAAUGGCCACAAUGGUUCUACGUCAUCAUAUUCAAGUCAAACUAAUAAUUUUAAUAAUAACAACCAUAACAACAACAACAAGACUAACGACAAUCACCUUCAUUUAAACUGCAACAAUAACAAUAAUCAAGGCAAUAAUUUUGGGCGUCAACAAGCCUACCGCAGCAGUUUCUAUGGCACGCGCUAUCAGAGUAGCAGCAACACAAACGCGAAUAAUACGCAUCAUCAAGUGAAUGGUGACGCCAAUGGCAACACCAAUGGCAACACCAACAACAAUGCCUCAGACAAACGUUUCACCAGCAUUGUUGCCACAAACACCAUUAAACCGCUCACACCCAAGUUGGUGCGUCGCAUAGAGACUACCUGCUCUAGCGGCAACUGUGGUGGCGGUGUGGUCAGUAAUGGUGUAACGCACACCAAGCAGCGUGCGCCACUACCACCCGUUCCCAACAGCAAUAGCACCGUCAACACCCCGCCCGCUGCUAACAAACAGUACUUGCGUACGCGUAAUCAGCCACCACCGCCACCUCCCGUGCGCAAUGCGUCCAACUUUGAAAGGUUCCACAAUAGCAAUCUGAGUUUUCGUCAGAAAAACUCUGUCAAUUGCGCUGGUGCAGGCGCAACAGCGGUCAAAGCACCACCAGACUCGCAUGAGUCGCCCAAGUAUACGGGCGCUACAUUUUACAAUAGCAGCACGCGCGCAUCGGGCGGUGUAGGAUCUCAGAAGCGCACUUAUUGUACGGCGCAAAAGGUGCACAAGGAAAAUGUGCCCGUACGUUCGGUGAAGAAUUAUCCAGCGCCAUUGCCGCCGAACACACCGAAGCCGGUGACUAAGAAAAAGUAUAGAGAAAAUCUGAAACUCGCAUCGGUUUCGGCUUCGCCAAAUUUAAAUAAUCGUCGUUUCGGUGGUGCGUCAAUCGGUGGCGAACCGAACAAAGGUCUGUCCGCAAGUCAGCGCCGCAAGAAUUACGUGCCCUUCAAUGGUCAGGGGAAUUGUGCGACAACGGCGGCGUCGAAAAAUGGCAGCACUGGCAGCAAUGAAUCAACUGGUUCGAGCGGUUCAAAUGGUUCACCGAAAACGAAAAAGAUUUUCUCUACAAAAUUCCCACAUGGUUUACCCUUCGAAGAUGAAUUCUAUCGUCAACGCUUUUGUCGUUCCUACUCGCAAUCCUCAUCGAGCAACUAUAGUUUCUACAGUUCGGUUGGUGCGCCAGCAACGCCGCGUUGCAAUGAUUUUGAUGAUAUCGAACACGGCAACGAGACACACGAACGUAGCGCCAUCGAUGAGGAUGACGAAUUUCAGCGUAAACCAGCAAGUGAUGAGCCACUCUAUGUGGAUUUCUCGAAAGUGAUGCAGCGUCAAAGUGACUGCAACAACGAUUACGCCAGCCGCGAUUGUGUGGCUGGUGGCAAUACACAUUACUGUAGUUCCUCUUCGUCAGGAGCAACGACAACAACGAUUGUGCCGACAACGACAUGGAUUGGCACAACAAGAACUACACAUUCACCGCUGCCCUCAAUGCUGGCAGCUAAACUCGCAGGCGAAUCUAGUCGACUGGAUGCAUAUGUGGCAGCUGCAGCCUCGGCAGCGACUGUUUCAUCAUCGGCCGGCCAACAUGGUUCGCCCCAUUUACGACGUACAACGAAAUCGAAAAUUUCACAUUCGAUCAACGAUUAUCUCUAUACCAGUUGUGGUGCUGCAACAACAACGACGGCGACGGCGACGUCAGCAACAAAGAAAACAAAUGGCAACGUUUUUCUUACAGACGAUCCCGAAGAUGGUUACUAUACACACACCUCACCUGAACCUCCUCCGCAAACGGAUAUCUACCUGGCUGUGGCGUCGUGGGCUCCAAAGUGUUCACAUCCCACCAAGGUGCAUAUACCCGCAUCCUCGAGCAUUGCAGAUAGGAAUAAUAAUGCAACGGCGGCGUAUGCAAUGAUGAACUCAUACGAUCAUCGGCAGUAUUAUAGUAAGACGGGGACGGCGACGUUGACGGCCGGAGACAUUUUGGAGCCCACGACAAACGAAUGCAAGUAAGUUUUUAAAAUGAAAAAUAUUAUCCAAUCGACUAUCGAUGCACAAUCCAAGCUGUAAGUGAUUAAAUUUAGUAACUUUGAGGCCUUGAAAAAUUCCAUGUUCCGUGUUUUAAAAUACACCUCUGUUCAAAACAAUAGGAACGUGACGAAUUACCGAAGCUCGCAGAAUUUUUUUGUAUUUAAUUUGCCCUUUUAUGUUUUUUAUAAAGAUAUAGUGCAUUCUACAACAAAAACCGUUUAACUCAAAACUUCAAAAUUUACGAAAAUUUAACGUUAAAGAAAAUCAAAAUUGUUAAUUUGUUAUUCAGAUUUUGUGAAAACUUCGUGGUAUGCAGUAGUAUGGUCAAUUCAAUGUUAGUGUAACAAAGU